AUGGAGUCAGAAAGCGCAUUACCUCCGUUUUUCCCAUGGGGAGAGACAGGAGGAGGAGGGGAAACCCUGCGCAAACAGACGGCUGAGCUUGAACGGCUGGGCUGGUCGCAAGCGGAUGGGGAGGAGUGGUUCGCCCACACGGCGAGUGGUUGGCUGUGCAAUCCGAGUGAAAAGGUCUAUUUCCACGCAGAAAGGAACAUUUUGCUGCCCGUACAACAGCAGCAAACCGCUGCAGCUGAAAUAACUGUGGCCGGCGAACCAGACCCGGCAGACCACGAAGACCAGACAGGAGGUGCCCCCCAAGACGAUGGAAUGUUUCAAGAGGACCAAAUAGAGAAGUCAGAAGAAGAAGCUGAAGGUGAUGUGGCUGACGAUGAAUCCGAUUUUAUGUUGGAUCUGGAGGAGGACCUCGACGCGGCGACAGCGCAGAAGAAGGGCUCGACAGAAGGCAAAGACACAUGCGAAGACCGAUACAUCACACGGGCAGGCCUCCCUCUGGGCUUCUUCGCCGGAAGCGCUGAGGGCCUCUGUUAUUUCUCGGCUAUUUACGACGGACAUGCUGGAACGGAGUGGGUUGGAAUGGGAGAGGGCCUAUCGCCACUGCGACUUCGCUCAAGCGUGCUUUGCAACUCCGGACGUAAGCGCGAGGAAGAAGCGACCGCUCGGCAGCAGUCGCACCAGCGGCGGCGGGACCAGCGGUCCAGCAUGCAGUGGCUACAGCAGCUGAACCGAACUUCCGAACCACUGCGGCCGGAGGAGCAGCGGUUAUCCGUAGAGCUGGAGGCCCUCGUGCGCAGCUGCUUCAGCGCCUUCUCCAUCACCGACAAAAAUUACCUAGGCCUCACCUCCAACGCCCUCACCCAAGACGCCGGGUCUACUGCAUGCAUAGCAAUAUUCUUCGGCCCAGAUGAAGAAGGAGCGCUGAAACUGAUUACAGCGCAUGCAGGCGACUCGCGCGCUGUGCUCUGUCGACACCGCAGAUGUGUGCCGAACAUGUAUCGGUACCAUCGAGCUCAGGAACUUUGCUUUUCCUCCUUUUCCCUUGCUGUCAACAGAGAUGGAGCCGCGGUCCGAUUGACAGAAGAUCAUAAACCGAAUACUCCAUGCGAGAAAAAGCGCAUCGAGGCCGCAGGGGGGCAGGUGGCGUCUAUACAAGGCAUUUGGAGGGUGCUUUCCUUGGAUUCCCGCAAAAACCGGACUUUUGGGCUUUCUACAGCUCGGGCUUUAGGGGACAUUGCACUUAAAAAGCCGAAACCCUUAGUCAUUUCCAAUCCCACUGUGCAUGUAUACACGCUUCACUUCGACAGAGACGCAUUCCUC